AUGCAACAUUCUUUGGCACUAGUGGUGCUGCUGUGCUGUUGGAGAGUAACAUGGUCAUUCUGCCCCUCGCAGUGCACUUGUGUGUUUCAUGGGACCAGUGUGGUUUUAUGUAACAACCCUGACAUGUCAGAUAUCCCCACCAAUGUGCCAUUGGACACAGUGAAGCUACGAGUGGAGAAGACAGCAGUGCGUAAACUGAAAACUGAAACCUUUUACUAUCUCACCGAGCUCAGAUACCUGUGGCUCUCCUACAACUCCAUCAGCACUGUGGAUCCAGGUAGCUUCUACAAUCUGAAGGUCUUACAUGAGCUUUGUCUGGAUGGAAAUCAAAUCUCCAAGUUCCCCUGGGAAGCUCUGAAAGAAAUGCCCAAUCUUAGAACUCUGGAUUUACACAAUAAUCAAUUGACAAGUAUUCCUUCAGAAGCUGCAGUUUACUUGAUGAACAUCACAUACCUGGACAUUUCCAGCAAUAAGCUAAACACCUUGCCCUCUGACCUCUUGGACAUCUGGAGCCCUUUUUCUGAUAUUCCCAUCUUCAAUGCUCCUGAAAAAAUCAUUCUUGGACUCCAGGACAACUUGUGGUACUGUGAUUGCCAGAUCUCCAAGCUCAUCAAGAUGUCUAAGAUGGCAAUUGCUCCUGUGGUGCUGAUGGACACCUUAGUGUCCUGCAGUGGUCCAGAAAACUUGGCUGGGGUUUUGUUUAAAAGAGCAGAACUUGAUAAGUGUGUUAAACCAACAAUAAUGACUUCAGCCACAACGAUCACAUCUUCUAUAGGUAGUAAUGUGUUACUACGCUGUGAUGCAACAGGUUAUCCAACCCCAACCUUACUGUGGAGCAAAGAGGAUGGUUCACCUCUCAGUAACCCAGUUGUGCAAAAGUCUCCAGAUGAAGGUGUUCGAUGGUCUGUUCUUAGUCUGCAAGGAAUAAUGUUAAAGGAUGCUGGUGUUUAUCGCUGCAGGGCCAAGAAUGUUGCAGGAAAUUCUGAGGCCUCCGUUACAUUAUCAGUGGCUGGGAUGGAUACAACAACACUAUCCUUAUCUCUCAGCAUGACCAAAAAACCUGAAGAAAGUCCAGCAAUGGUUAUUCAAGCUUCUCCUCCUGCAACUGAGAUUGCAAUUCCAAUUAUCUUUUCUUCUACCACCUUUACAACUAAACAAGCCAUGACCACAAGGCAAACUGUAGCUGGCAAGAUUAACUCAGGCGCUGGUGGAGGAAUUCCAAGAAUUCCACCUACUGAAGCUAUUACCUCUAAGAUAGGGCAAAGCAGCAAUGGCAAAAGACCUGUUACAAGUGAUAAAGCUAGAAGAAAAGGUAACCCAUUCCUCAAGGAUAUUGAGGUAAUUGAAGAAACAGGUGACACAGCAGUUGUGAUAUGGAAAAAUGAGGGUUUUCCUAGUGAUUCACCACUGUUUGUGCAUUACUUUCCAUAUGAUGGAGACCAGAUAAUGAAGGAGACCAUCGAAACUAAGGUUGGAAAUGGUAAGCUUGUAUUAGAUGAUCUGUUUCCUGACCAGAUCUACACUGUCUGCUUGGUUUCCAAAGGGGGAAAAGACCAAUGUGUGAAUUUUAGCACACUGGACAUCAUAAUGGAUGAUGGGCAAAACAAGUGGCUCACGGUCAUUGGUGGGAUGUUAUGUGCAUUUGCAUUUCCCCUUAUCUUGAUCCUUCUCUACAAGAUCUCAUCACUUUAUUGCAAGUGGAGCAGCAGCAAUAAUAGGGAAACAAACAAUGAACUUUUCAAAGAGACUUAUGUGAAAUUUGAAACUCUUCCAAUGAAACAGAGGACACUGUGUGGAUCAACAAAUGAUCUUUGGUCUCGAAGGCAGACGCACGAGUCAGAGAGGAUGUUGCUUUGUUCACGUUCUAGUAUAGAUUCACAAAUGACUUACAAAAGUGAUAGCUCUCAAUUUGAGUACCUGUGCUAG